GCUGCCUUGCCUAUAUUGAAGCAUUUGUCCAUCCAUGUUGAUGUGGCUGUACUAAAAAUGCAAGCAACUGAUCUCAGAGCAUUCUUAAGCGGUCAGGGAGAAGCGAGGAAGCCGCCUUGCCUAUAUUGAAGCAUUUGUUUAUUGGUAUCAAUAAGAAGCUGAUCUGGUUCGUAUGAGAGUUCGAGGCCCUGCAAUGCAUCUUUGUCUGAGUCACCUCCAGCUAUGGUCAUUGGUCUGCUUGGUUUCUUGAGAAGUACGAUUUGGCUCCUCAACUCUGUUUCUUAGGCGUUGUUUAGAUACGGAUUGUAAGCAUAUUCCCCGUGAGGAAAGUGCAAGGAUAUUCGCUUAGAUUUCGUACACUCAAAAAAAAUAAUAUAUAUAUAUAUAUAUAUAUAUAGAGUAAGACCACUGGACAUUCGUGAGCACCUCGAUAAACCUCGACUUUCAGGGAACAUCUAGAUGAUCCCAUCACUGCCAAAAUCAACUGCUUGAAGUUGAGGAAGUUGAGGAAGCAGGAGAUGGCUGAAGCUGCAGUUAACCAUCUCCUUGGUAGGAUUGACAACAUUAUUGAAGAGAAGUUCGCACCCUUUACUGAUGUUCGGGAAGAAAUAACUUCUUCCAGGCAAGAACUAGACCACGUCAAGGCAUUCCUGAGGGUUGCAGAUGUAGAGGAGGAGAAUGACGAUGAGGUCAAAACGUGGGUCAAGCAUCUGAGAGAUGCUGCAUAUGAAUUCGAGGAUGUCCUUGAUGAGUAUAAACUACUCAUGCUGCAUGAACCUGGAGAAGGAUACCUCAGAUUUGCCCACCGAUGGGUAAAUAACUUCAAAGCUCGUUCCCGUAUCAUGCCAAACCUCAGGCGCUUGUGCAUGAAAAUCAGAAGCAUCUGUGAAAGGCAUCAAAGGCUGUCCCACAAGUUUAGCCAAAAUGGAGAACGAGUGAGCACUAUUCGUGCAGAUAGUACGUGGCAGGAUCAUCAGUCUGAUGCCCUCCUGUUGGACACAGUUGAUUUGGUUGGGAUAGAAGAGCGCAAGAGUCACCUGAUGCAGUGGCUGCUUGGAGGACUCUCAGGGACUGGAGCCAUGGCAGUUCAUGGAAUGGGCGGUUUGGGGAAGACGACUCUGGUGAGGCAAGUCUACGAGGACCCCGAAGUGAAGAAACACUUUGAGGUACGGGCGUGGGUUACUCUUUCUCCAUCUUUUGAUACGAAAGAUCUCCUCAAGGACAUGUUCCGGCAACUCUCCAGUGAGCCGAGGAGGAAAGCUCCCAGAAGAGAGGGUGUAGCGAGCAUCAACUUCCUGAAGAUCUCAAUCAAGAACUUGCUGCUCAAAGGAAGGUUCUUGGUCAUUCUUGAUGAUGUGUGGCACGCGGAUAGAUGGGAAACUGUCAAGUACUUAUUUCCCAAUAAUGAUUGCGGCAGCCGAGUAAUGCUAACCACACGGCAUGUUGAGAUUGCAGCAGCAGCCUGCAAGCAUUUGGUUGGGGAGGCCUAUAAUCUUAUGCCCUUAUCGAACGAGGAAUCUUGGAAGCUUUUCUGCAGGAAGACAUUUCAGGGGAACCCAUGCCCUCCUCAUUUAAAGGAUAUCUGCACGGAUAUCUUGAAGAAGUGCGAGGGGUUGCCCCUUCCAAUUGUGGCCAUAAGUGGUGUCUUGGCUACGAAAGGUACACACAGAAAAGACGAGUGGGACUUAGUUCUGCGCAGUCUUCGUUCUCUUGAUGGCAAUGACCGUUUGAAGAAAAUCAACAAGGUACUCUCCCACAGUUUUAAUGAUCUUCCUUACUACCUGAGAUCAUGUUUUUUGCACUUGAGCGUGUUUCCUGAAGGACAUGUAAUCGAAAGUGCAAGGCUGAUUAGGCUGUGGGUGGAGGAACGGUUCAUUGAAGUGAAAGCAGGUAUGACUAUGGAAGAAGUUGCAGAGGACUACUUGAAUGAGCUCCUGAGCAGAAACCUGAUGCAGGUUGCAGAAACAACGAGUGAUGGGAGGAUCAAAAGGUGCCGCAUCCACCACCUCUUGCGGGAUAUGGCCAUCUCUAAGUCGGAAGAGCAAAGCUUCGCGGUGGCAGUGGAUGAGCAGAACCCACUUUGGCCUGAAAAGGUUCGCCACCUUUCAAUGCACGGCAUUUUUCAGCAUUUGCCAGAGCAGAGAUCGAUUUCACAUCUCCGCUCUCUGUUCACUUUUGGAGUCGACAAGUCUUCCAUAAAGGCAGCCCUAUCUCAUCUGAAGCUGCUUGCAGUCUUGGACUUGCAAUAUUCACCUCUGAAUAAGUUUCCGAUACAAGUAGUUGACAUGUAUUUCUUGAGGUAUCUGAGUUUGCGGUACACCCAUGUACAAACUAUUCCACGUUUGAUAGGGAAGCUCGAGUAUCUAGAGGUACUGGAUCUUAAACAUACCAAUGUGAUAGAAUUGCCAGUUGAGAUCAUGAAGUUAAGGCGACUCAGGCAUCUCCUCGUUUAUCGGUAUGAAUUGGAGUCCUAUGUGCACACUAAAUACGGGUUUAAGACCCUUGCUGGUAUCGGAGCUCUGCAGUCUCUGCAAAAGCUCUGCUACAUAGAGGCAGAUGACGAGAGGAGCCGCAUCAUGGUGCAAGAGUUAGGGAACCUAACUCAGCUACGAAGGCUGUGCAUCCUCAAGUUGAAGGAGGAAGAUGGAGCAGCUCUGUGUUCGUCCAUUACGAAGCUGACCAAUCUACGUGCUUUAUCCGUUUCCUCACUCAAAGAGGACGAUGUUCUCGACAUGCAACACCUCUGCUUUCUGCCUCCACUGCUCCAAAGGAUUUACCUGACAGGCCAUUUGGAGGCAUUACCUCGCUGGCUUUGCUCCAUGAACACUCUGAUCGCUCUUCAUCUGAAAUGGUCUCAGCUGAAGGAUGAUCCUCUUCCGUCACUCCAAAGACUGCCCAAUCUCGUGCAUCUGGAGCUGCUUAAGGUGUAUGACUGGGAGGUACUCCACUUUGAGGGCAAAGGAUUCCGUAAGCUUAAGAAAUUAGGCCUCGAUCUUUUUGAUAGACUCACAUGUAUAGAGGUGGAGGAGCAGGCCAUGCCCGGGUUAGAGCAGCUGAUUAUACAGAGGUGCAAGUUACUGCAGAACGUCCCACUGGGAAUUGAGCACCUGACCCAGCUCAAAGUGGUGGAAUUUUUGGACGUGCACGAUGAACUAGUCAGGAAACUCAAGCGUGAUGAAGCGAGUGAAGACUGCAAGGAGGUUGCACACAUUCCCGAGCUUCGUUAUGGCUUCUGCAGGGAUGGUUGCUGGGAUGUCGAGACAGUUAAGAGAUCGGGUGGGGAAGAGUGUUCUUCUUCUCAAGAAACUUUCACCUCGGGGGAGCUGCCCCGUUGUUGGAAGUGAUGGAUUACUAGCUCAAUGUAGUUUAAUGUUUCUCCUAAGUCCCCGAAAACCAUCUACCUCAUAUGCUCAGAUAAUGGAAUUCUAUAUCUAUCUCUUGUUAUCGAUUACCUUUUUAUCUGCUUGUAUCUGUUUGUCAACGUUUGAUGUUGUCGAAAUAAUUAGUUGACGGGAAAUGUUCUGUCACCUUUCAAAUGAACAUUCGCUCAUUGGCAUUGGGAUGUUUGGAGCCCUUGGCUUGUACUUUUGCCGACUUUUAACAUACUUUUCAGUUUCCUUUUCGAAUUUUCUGAAGAGUAGAUCUGUUCC